CAGUCAACAUGAUGAUGUUCAUCCAGUUUAUUUUUGUGUCACUACUUACAACCCAAGUUUUCAGCGAUGGAUUGAAUAGCCGUAUUACCAAUUCUUACAUGGCAAGUAAAGGUCAAUUUCCACAUCAGGUAGAAUUGUCUCGAUCAAAUGUUUGGGGUGUGCCAGAUCAAUUGGAACAACGUGCAUAUUGUGGUGGUUCAAUUAUUAACGAAAGCUGGGUACUAACUGCUGCUUAUUGUGUCUAUGGGAUUCCAUCAACAUUAUCAAGUCAAAUUAAAGUUCUUGCUGGAGCACAUGAUCUCACUGAAACCACUGAAUCUGAUCGACAAAGUCGUUAUGUCAGUAGUAUACAUAUUCAUUCUUCUUAUCCAGGUUUAAAUGCACAACAUGAUAUUGCUCUUCUUAAAUUAAAUGAACCACUUGUUUUUGAUGGAUAUGUUAAAGCAAUUUCUCUUUCAAACUCAAAUGCAAGUUAUAGUGGUGAUGCACAAAUCAGUGGUUGGGGUUCAACUUCAACAACUGAUAGUUUUAGUAUGCCUGGUACUUUGCGUUAUGAGACAGUGGUAAUUGCUUCUUAUGAUGCAUGUAAAAAUACAAUGAAACAAAUGGGAGCACAUUUGGAAAUAUUUAAUACUCAAUUAUGUACUGGAACUAGCUUGAGUACUAGUAUUUCAACGUGCAUUGGUGACUCUGGUAGUCCACUUAUUCAACAAAAUUCUGGUACAUGGGAACAAGUUGGAAUUGUUUCAUGGGGUCUUUAUCCCUGUGGCAUCAGUAAAAUAUCAUCUGUUUAUACACGUGUCAGUCAUUACGUUGGCUGGAUCAAUGAAAUCAUGUCAAUAAACUAA